AUGACCUUUCACAAGAACCUCAUCCGCCUCAAGGCUGCUGCCCAAGAAUACGAGUGGGGAAGGACUGGCAGCGCGUCCCUCGCAGCGCGUCUCGGAGGCAACGCGAUCGGACAAGGUUUCAAAAUAGAUGAGCAGAAAUCAUAUGCGGAAAUAUGGAUGGGCACACAUUCAAACGGCCCAGCACACCUCUUCGACGACCCGUCCACGUCCCUUCUCUCCCUCAUCUCCACCGACCCCACAUUCUACCUCGGAGAAACCCUUGUUCGAAAAUGGCCGUCCACCACCCACAUCCCUUACCUCUUCAAGGUGCUCUCGAUCGAGAAAGCGCUUCCUCUCCAGGCGCAUCCCGACAAAGGCCUCGCCGAGCAGCUCCAGCAGAAGGACCCCUCCAACUUUGUCGACGCGAACCACAAACCCGAGAUCGCCGUCUGUAUAGGAGAGCCCCUGGGAGAAGCUCGUAUCGGAGACAAGGAUACCGCGUUCACGGGCUUCGUUGGUUUCCGGCCGCUCGACGAAAUUAAGACCUUCCUGCAAAAAGUCCCGGAGCUUCCGCUUGCCAUCGGCGACACGAUGCUCAUUGCGUCGUUCAUCAAGGACCCAUCUACCGAUCUUCUCAAACGGAUAUACGGCACACUGCUCAAGCGUGGAGUGGAGGCUCGCGGCGAUGUCACCAGCGCGAUCACCAAACUCGAGGAGCGCAUCAAGAAGGGCGGGAAGCUCAGCAUCCCCGACGGCGACGAGCUGGCGCAACUCGUCCUGAAAGUCAAUGCUCAGUACCCAGGCGAUGCAGGCGUCCUGGCCACCACGUUCUUCAUGAACUUCGCAAAGCUCAAGAAGGGCGAGGCCAUCUACAUCGGCGCCGACGAGGUUCACGCCUACCUCGAAGGGGACAUCAUCGAGUGUAUGGCCAUCUCCGACAACGUCGUCAACGCCGCCUUCGACGCGCCGAAGUCCCUCGCUCCCCAGAUCAGCACCUUCGUCGAGAUGCUCACCUACACCGCGCGCCCGGUCUCCCACUGGGCCCUGCCCCGCGAACCGUACCCGCACUCGCGUGAGGGCCGCACGUCGCAAUACAACCCCCCGCUGGAGGAGUUCGUCGUGCUCGGUACGCUGCUGGACAGCAAGAGCGCGGGGACGGAGCGGCUUGGGGCGGUGAGCGGCCCGACGAUUGGGAUCGUCACAAAGGGGAAAGCGAGGAUCGCGGUGGGCAAGGGUGGUGAGCAGCUGGAGUUGGACGAAGGCGGGGUCGUGUUCGUCGCUCCCGGGAACGACAUCGAGGUGGAGUUGUUGGAAGGACGGGGGUCAGAAGGUUCGGAAGGCGAAGUGUGGUGGUCGUGCUUCGGAGCAUGA